AUGCCCAGCACGAGACGUUCCAAGAACAAGACAAAUACAAACUCGCGUCGCGGCGGCCCAUUCCAUUUUCUGUUCCGCUCAAACCUCCCCCACCGUCGGCAGUCAGCCCACAACCCGGACGUCGGCCGGCGCAACUUCUUUGGCAUGAGCGAGAUUUUCAGCGUUGUAUUAAACCCCUCCGAGACCGUGCGCUCGCUGACCGAGUCAAAACGGCUUCUUGAAGAAGCCCGGCAAGAGAUCAACGAGCAGCGGGAGCGCAAGCAGCUCCGCACGAAGCACACGUUCUCGCCACUCCCCGGCUUCUUCCCGCGCGAAGCCGAGACAAAGGCGCUCGAGCGCGCACUCGAGGGCGAGCCCUCGUUCACGGUGCUCUUUGGCGCCAGCUCUGUCGGCAAGGUGCGUCCCUUGUUCUGCUCCGUGUCUCUAGGCCAUCAGCUCACGCUGGCACCCGACGAUAGACCGCACUCCUCCGCGAGGUCCUCACCCGCGACAAGUACCACGUGCUCCACUUUGACCUGCGCAUACCCGGCUUCGCGGACAUAUCGAGUCUGUACAUCAGCCUCAGCCAGCAGAUGGAGCAGUACUUUGAGGACAUCUCCCAGCAGAUGCCGGGGUACCAGGAGUUCGAGAAGGAGGCGUGGAGCUUCAAGGUGGAUAUUUAAUCUCGUUCCUGCAAAUGUGAUCGUGCUGACGAGACAAAUGUGUAGCACGACCGGCUGA